AUGGGGGUCGCCAAGGGGGCAGUGGCGACGGUGUCGGCGAACGAGUGCGACUUCAUUCUCGCGGCGGUGCGCGACGAGCUGCGCGUCGAUGGCCGCAAGCCCUUCGAUUACCGCUCCUGGGACAGCUCUACUUGCGAUGGCACGUUCUCCUCCACGAAACCUGCUUCAUGCCUCUUGCUGGCUCCUCCGCCCCGCAUUCCGCCCCGCGCGCCUGCUUCCUCGUCACCUGUCCCGUACACGCCUUUUCCCAAUCCGUCAAUGUUGAAUCUCUUCCCCCAAGCCCUCUUCCCCCAAACCCUCUUCCCCCAAACCCACUUCCCCCGAACCUUCUUCCCCCAAAACCUCUUCCCCAAACCCUCUUCCCCCAAACCCUCUUCCCCCAAACCCCCUUCCCCCAAACCCUCUUCCCCCAAACCCUCUUCCCCCAAACCCUCUUCCCCCAAACCCUCUUCCCCCAAACCCUCUUCCCCCAAACCCUCUUCCCCCAAACCCUCUUCCCCCAAACCCUCUAUCCCCAAACCCUCUAUCCAAUUUUCUGAUGCAGGUCGCAUCAGGGUUGAUGGCACAGCAGAGGUACGGGUAGACACCACCUGCAUUCUUGCACGGACGACGGCACAGCAGAGGAACAGCUGGGCAGUACACGCGUCCUCGCCUCCGUGUCAGUCAGCCACUUUCACGCUGCCCUUCCCCUCGUCUCUCUAUCCUGCUCCUCUCAUCAUCCCCCAUGCCCCAUUUACCAGGGAUGACGGCACAGCAGAGGUGCAGCUGGGCAGCACGCGCGUCCUGGCGUCAGUCUCAGCAGCGCUCACGCUGCCCUUCCCCGACCGCCCCAACGAAGGCUCCCUGGCCGUCUUCACAGAGCUCGCCCCCAUGGCUGACCCGCGUUUUGUGCCUGGGCGGCCGGGGGAGGAUGCGAUUGAAUUGGGGCGCAUCAUUGACCGCGGGCUCAGGGAGAGCCAUGCAGUGGACACGGAGUCGCUGUGUGUGGUGGCGGGGAGGGCAGCAUGGGCGCUCAGACUGGAUAUCCGAGUCAUGGACAAUGAUGGCAACCUGGUGGAUGCGUGCUGUCUAGCAGCAGUGGCAGCGCUGCUGGCGUUCCGCCGGCCAGAAGUGACAGUGGGGGGGGACGAUGGCAUGCAAGUGGUGGUGCACUCAGUGGAGGAGCGCGACCCCAUACCCCUCACAGUGCACAACCUGCCCCUUGCUGUCACCUUUGCAUACUUCAACGAUGGCAAUGACGUGGUCAUGGAUCCCAGCUACAAGGAGGAGGCAGCCCAGGCGGGGCGCUGCACAGUGCUGGUGAAUGCGGUGGGGGGUGUGUGCAAUGCGCACUCUGGCAGGGGCGUGGCCACACAACCCCUGUGCCUCCAACCACCCACCUCCAACUCCCACCAUCCCAUGCCAGGUCAUGGACCUGAGCUUCAAUCGGGGCGCUGCAUAGUGCUGGUGAAUGCGGUGGGGGAUGUGUGCAGCAUGCAGAUCUACAAGGAGGAGGCAGCCCAGGCGGGGAGGUGCACAGUGCUGGUGAAUGUGGUGGGGGACGUGUGCAGCGUGCAGAAGGGCGGGGGUGUCGGGGUGUCACUCCCCCAGCUCAUGCGCUGCUGCCGUGUCGCUGCCUCUGUGGCCCAACACAUGAUCAAAACGCUCACUGAUAAGGUGGCAGCACUGGCAGCAGAGCGGCAGCGGAGGAAAGUGAAGCGACAUGCCUCCCCUGCUGCCGGUGCAGCAGCACCAGUGGGAUUGGACACAGUGGCAGGGGGCGCAGAGGGGGCAGGGGGGCUGAAGGGGGGUGUGAUUGGUGCGGCGGAGAUUGCUGCCGUGCAGAGGAAAGGAGGGGGCGUGCGGGCAGGGCAGGCAGGUGGUGAUGGUGAUGGUGGGAGGGUGAAGGAAGAGCACAUGGAGGACGAUGAAGGGGAGGAGGGGGAGGAAGGGGAGGAGGAAUCAAGUGAUGGGGAGGAUGGUGAGGACGAAGAGGAAGAGGGUGAGGGGGAUGGGGGGAGAGGGGGAGCAGCAGGAGGGGGUGUGGAUGCACUCUUCGAAGGAGGGGUGUCAUCGUGGUUGCAAGAGGAGCGUGACGACAAGAAGAGCAACAAGGGAGCAACAGCAGCCCGCCUGGGAUCGGAACUAGACGCCAUCGCCGACCUGCUGCCAUCCACUGCCGCCCCUCCUGCCCCUGCCUCCAAGGCCUCUGCCGCCCGGGCCGUGCCAGCUGCUGGGAAAGGUGAAGGGGAUUUGCCAGCGGCAGCGGCAGCGGGAGGUGCAGGGAGCAGGGUGAAGGAGGAGUCUCUCACACUGGCUGAUGCCGUGAAGAAGCCGAAGAAGAAAAAGAAGAGCAAGGCAGAGCAUUGA